ACACAUAUUGGAAGAAGUUGAUAUAAAUGAAGUAAGAAUUAUAGAAAAUGAGGAAGAAGAAUCAACUGAUGAAGCUCAAACUAGUGAGGAAGAAGAUUCUCUAACGAGAUGACAGGCAAGGGUCGAGGUAACAAUGACCUUACUGGUUCUCGGGGUCGAGAAAAGGCUAGGAAACCAAAGAGGAGGGUAGAAAAUAAUACUCAAUCUUUUCCACCCUCUUCAGAGAUGCCUAUGCCUAUGUAUUUACCUUCACCCGAGGGCUAUUCUGAGCUGCCACGACAUCACGAGCCCUACACCUUCGUGAAGACACCAGGUAUUUCGUCACAGGGCCAUAUGACUAUACGUCCAACAUACAGUCCACCUCCCUCACGACCACGUGGAUCGCAACCAUCUGCAUCGCAUGGAUCGCAUCGAUCCAUGUCACAUCCACAUGGAUCACAGCUACUCAGAUCACAGCCACCCGGGUCGCAACAAUCAAUAUCACAGCCACUUAGGGUCCAUCCAGCUAUGUCGCAGUCACAGGGAUCGCAACCAUCUUCAUCAGGGACUCCAUCUAUUUCAGGCCUUCUCCUGCGAGAUACUAGCUCUGACCCCCCUACACCUUCCAAACAUGCCUCUGAUAUACAUGUUUCGGACGGUGAUGCUGAUGAUGACGAGAAGGUGCAUUAUGAUCAAUAUGGCAGGAUCAUCAUAGUCCAUGAGGGUGAUGGGUUCAUCCCGAGUAAUAUUACUACGAGGAUAAUCACCAAAGCAACCAAAAAGCUUUAUGAUGGCCCUUAUGCAACUUGGAGUAAAUUCCCAUUCUCGUUGAAGGAGCAAAUUUUCAAUCAAUUUAAGCAAGUGUGUAUGGGAACAUCGCUAUAGCGCGGAAGUGGCUGCAAAUUUUCUUCUCAAAGCUCGCAAGCGGUUGUCGCAUAGUUUCUCCAAAGCUAGAAAGUUGAACCAGAAGCUUGACUGGUUGCUUCAGAAUUUAUGGGAGGAUUUGCAAAGGCAAUGGCU